AUGUCGUCGAGCACCGACGAGGGCGAGAUUCGAGAUGACGGAACUGGGGACUUGAAGGCAUCGCACCAGCAUUCUCGGGCAGAAAUCGGUGUUGACCCUCGAGGCAGACCCACGGACUCGUCUCCGACUCUUGACCAUGUGUCCCGCGCCAGCGCCUCGUCUCGCCAGAGCCCUCCGCUGCGAAGCUUUAAGAGAUCGCGCGACGACGGUGACCACUACUACCCCCCUGGCCGAGACCACGACCCGAGGCAGCCCCGUGCUCGCCACGACAAUCGUCCUCGAAACGGCUAUUCGGCUCAUGGGCAGGAUCACAGCUCGUCCUCACGUGCCUCGAACAGCCAUGACCCCCGUCGACCCCCCCGCAAUCGCAGCCCACACUGCAACCCCCGCGAUGGCAGCCACAACCGGGGCCGCCGAGACCGCGACCGCGAAAACGCCGACAAUCACGGCCGCCCAGGUCAUUCUCGCCGCCGAAGCCGCUCCCCCGACGGGGCCCCACGCGACGACAACUAUCCGGGUGGCCGCCCAGCUGCCGCGCGCGAGUACCGCAACAUGACUGGGAAAACUCAUUUGGCAGCUAGAUUCGACGACGGGGUGAAGGGUUUUGUCAAGGCAAAGCACGCACCUCGGGGAGAGGUGGCCGCGUCUAAGCAGCAGCAGAACAAGGCCCCCGGCCAACGCGCAUCUGACCGCACCACGUCCACCCAAAACAACAGCGCACCCGCCAAGGAGAAGGAGCCCUCUCCCGAGCCCGACUUCGAAAUGCCCGAGGCGUUCGACGAAGAGGCCGAGAUUGAGCGCCGUCGCAAGCGCCGUGAAGAGCUCCUGGCCAUGCCCAGCUCGGCGAACCCGCUGCUGGUGCACGCCGUCGAAAAUGCCGCUGACAAGGCUUCGCCUGCUACCACCACCAACCGCGACUCGCCGAGUUCGCUGGCAACCCGCGACGAGCCUUCUCCCGAGGCAGGCAGUAGCGUGCUCGGCGACGAGGGACUCAUGAACACAUACGGCAACGCCGUGGCAGGCGAGUACGACGGUCCCUCGGCUGCCGACUACGACCCGACCAUGGACAUGGAAGAAGACGAGCGCCGAGAAGGGCGCCGACAUGGCCAGGCCGUGGCCCACGGCGAGCCUCAGCCCACUACCGACACCACCCAUGCCGCAGGCCCGGACGAGGCGGCGGAUGAAGACGGCGGGGAUGGCUUCGACAUGUUUGCCGAGGAGUUUGACGAGGAAAUCUACGCCGCUGAGCGAGAGAAACGCAGCAAGCUUCCCGGCCCGCAGCGCGGCAUACUCGAGGGCGACGACAAGGACGGCUACUACAAGAUCCGCAUCGGCGAACUGCUCAAAGAGCGCUACGAGAUCAAAGCGACCCUCGGCCAGGGCGUGUUUGCCCGCGUCGCCCGAGCCACCGACACUGUGACCAACAAGACGGUUGCCAUCAAGAUUAUGCGCAACAACUACGCCCUUCGCCGGGGAGGGUACACGGAGAUUGCCAUUCUGCGCAAGCUAAACGAACGGGACGCGGCCAACAAGAAGCAUAUUGUCCGGUUCGAGCAGUCGUUUGAGUACUGCGGCCAUCUUUGCAUGGUGUUUGAGGGCAUGGAGAUGAACCUUCGCGACGUCCUGCGCAAGUUUGGCCACAAGAUCGGCAUCAGCCUCCAUGCGACGCGCAAGUUUGCCUGGCAAAUCUUUACCGCGCUGGACCACAUGCGUAAGAGCCAUGUGAUCCACGCCGACCUGAAGCCGGACAACAUCUUGAUCAACGACACGCGCCAGGUGGUCAAGGUUUGCGAUCUCGGUACGGCCAUUGACCGAGACGACGCGGCCACGGCCCACUCGCAAGUUACGCCCUAUCUCAUCAGCCGCUUCUACCGAGCGCCCGAGGUGAUUCUCGGCAUGGACUACGACUACGCCAUCGAUGUCUGGUCGAUUGGCUGCACCCUCUUUGAGCUCUUCACGGGCAAGAUUCUGUUUCCGGGCUCGAGCAACAACCAGAUGCUCAAGGCCAUGAUGGAGGUGCGCGGUCGCAUGAAUCCCAAGUACUACAAGCGCGGAGAGCUGUGGAGGUUGCACUUCGACGACAAAAACAACUUUCUCAGCGUCGAGUAUGACUAUGUCAUCCACAGAGAGGUUGUGAGGCAGAUGCAGACGUUUCCCAUGCGCAGCCUGGCCUCGCGCCUCUACGACGCCGGAGCCGGGAUGACUGAGCAGGAGAGGAGGGAACUCGACCUCUUCAGAGAGCUGCUGGAGAGCUGCCUGAUGCUGCACCCGGAGAAGCGAAUCACGCCAGGAGACGCGCUGAGGCACCCCUUCUUCACCAUGGCCGCCACGCACCCACACUAG